AUGGGAGAACGGAAGGUUUUGAACAAAUACUACCCGCCGGACUUCGAUCCGGCAAAGAUUCCUCGCCGGAAGCAACCCAAGAACCAGCAGAUGAAAGUGCGGAUGAUGCUUCCUAUGAGUAUUCGGUGUGGGACAUGCGGCAAUUACAUCUACAAGGGAACUAAAUUCAAUUCCCUUUCUGAUUCCGUUGUGAUGUUGAAAUUUGUUCUGCUUGCUUUUGGGUUUAGGGAAAUUUUGAGGGUUAAAGGCUGUACAUUUGGAUGGAGUGAAUUUGUAUGUGCUGUAUGUACCUAUCUGGGCAUUCAGAUUUUCAGGUUUUAUUUCAAGUGCACCAAAUGUUCAGCAGAAAUAACUUUCAAGACGGAUCCCCAAAAUUCAGAUUAUGUUGUUGAGUCUGGUGCCAGUAGGAAUUUCGAGCCUUGGCGUGCAGAGGAUGAGCAAGUGGAGGAAGAAAAGAAGAAAAGGACAGCUGAAGAGAUGGGUGAUGCCAUGAAGUCAUUGGAGAAUAGAACUUUGGAUUCAAAGAGAGAAAUGGAUAUCCUUGCGACUUUGGAUGAAAUGAAAUCUAUGAAGUCAAGACAUGCAACUGUGAGUGUAGAUGCAAUGCUGGAAGCUCUGCAACGCUCGAAUGAGCACAAGAGAAAAGGGGAUUUUAAGUUAUCAAAGUGCGGUAAAAGUUAUGAACUGUUGCUCUGCUUAAUAGAUGAAGCCUUCAAAUGUGAAACAUUACCAGUCUUGUCAUGGAAGUUUUAUUUCUGUUUAAAGUUGGAGUAUAUGAUUCUCCAAAUCAGGUCUCACAGGUACCUGAGGUUAUUGAACAAUAUUAGACAUCACUUUCCACUUGCUGAUUCCGGCCUGGAGAGGAAGUUAGAGGAAGAAGAUGAAGCUCUUAUAAAAUCAGUGUUCAAGGGACAACGUGAGCCUGUGGUUUUACGAAGGAUUGAUGAUGAAGAUUUAGAUGAUGAUGCGGAUGAGUAUUUAUUUGCUACUGAAACUGAUGAAAAAUCAACUGGUCCUUCGAAGAGGAUAAAAGUGCAUGAAGAGAAUCAUUCUAACCCAACAGAUAUUUUGACAAAAGUCAACGUUGGCAGCUCCAGCAGUCAAGAUAAUGUCGGUGCUCGUGGGGCUUCCGAUAAGGGAAAAUUUCUUUUCAAGUCCUCUUCUGUUCGGGUUUCAAUUGUAAAGAAACCAACUGCAGAGUCGAAUGGGAACAAGCUCAAGGAGGAGUCUGUGAAGGGCGAUGCAGAAUGUCCAGCGGCUAACAAAUAUGAAGAAAAGCAAGAUGCUGAACCCACAUCUGUUACGAGCAGUGGAUUACAAUCCCUAUGCCAGCUGUAUGGAAGUGAUGAAGAUGACGAGUAACAAUUGAUAUCACGUUGUCACCUUGUCGAAAAGAACAGAAAAAGAACAGUCACCUUUUCAAAAAGGAAAAAAAAUGUCAUAGGGAUUAUAAUAAUUUGUGGGGAUUUUUCAUGUUGAAAGCAGGUUAUGCCUAUAGUUGCUGGCAAGAUUGUGAUUUGUGGGUAUAAAGUAACAUUUUGUCUUUAUAGGAGAUUCAUUUUGUGGACUGGCAUGUUAUGAAAGUUGUGUGAAAAAGUUGCUGUGAAAUCAAUGGAUACUUGUGAAUCCCUGAAACUCCUUUGAGCUUUUUCCUGAAAGUUGACAUCAGAUAGAAUUUGGAAAAACACUUGCUAAUGAUGUUUGAGCAACUUUUAUAUUCUAUGCCACCCUAUACUGAAAAGUAGCA